CCAGCCAGUUAGUCCGUCGAAAGAAGUUUCCAAAACGAAAACCUGAAAUUACGAAACCCAUAACGACAUGUUCAAGAUAUCGAUGCUUCUGGGCCUGGCCCUCAUCCUGGCCCCAUCAAUGAUCCAUGCCAAAUCCCUGUGUCGGGAAAGCGGAUACUUCGCCUUAGUGGAUAAAACACCCGAAUAUUACGCUUGCCAGGCCAUCGGCUCAGGUGUCUUCUCUACUCGAUUCUUGCGUUGCCCCGACGGUCUGGUCUUCAGCUCCUCGGUGGCUCAAUGCAUUCCUUCGAUCUCCGCGUUUGAGGCUCGUGAGAAUAGCGACAUCGAGAAUCCCACCAUUCCCACCGAUACGCCCGGGAACCUAAACGAUAGCACGGUCGAUCCAACCACUGAAAAACCAGCCACUGAAGCUCCUGCAACGACUGAAGCUCCUGCUACGACUGAAGCUCCUGCAACGACUGAAGCUCCUGCAACGACUAAAGCUCCUGCAACGACUGAAGCUCCUGCCACCACUGAAGCUCCUGCCACCACUGAAGCUCCUGCCACCACUGAAGCUCCUGCAACCACGGAGAAACCUGCCACCGAUGCUCCUGCAACCACGGAGAAGCCUGCCACCGAUGCACCUGCAACAACGGAGAAUCCUGCCACUGUAACCGAUGAACCUGUCACCGAUGAGCCUGUCACCGAUGAACCUGUCACCGAUGAACCUGUCACCGAUGAACCUGUCACCGAUGAACCUGUCACCGAUGAACCUGUCACUGAUGAGCCUGUCACCGAUGAACCUGUCACCGAUGACCCUGUAACUGAUGAGCCCAGUACUGCCACCACUACAGACGGCGACGUGACCGAAACUACCAGCGAUGAUGAUGGGAAUGAGAUCAAUUGCGCUACCACCGGAUUUUUCCCAAUAGCUGACUGCAGUAAAUUCGUGCUCUGCACUUAUGCCGAUUCCAAUGAACUCCAAGGCUUUAUCUACAAAUGCCCCAACGGACUGAACUUCAAUCCCUAUGAGGGAUACUGUGUAGAGAACUACACGUGCUGAAAACCUACUAAAAAGGAGGUUGAUCCCUUCGGUAAUCGAGGAUUGAAUGGGUGGCUGGUAAUGAUGAAAUGCAAUAAAAACCAGUCACUAAAGCAACAAAGUUGUAGCUUUUAUUUACUUCAUUUUUUUUUUCAAAUGUGAUUACCUUUUUUUUUGUUUUUGUUUUGAAGUGAAUAAAUUCUAGUUAAAUUAUUA